CCCCGGGGGGGAGCGGACGGAGGUGGGGCCUGAGCGUCCCCGAGAGAACCUGGGGGACAGAGAGGCCCGAGAGGGAAAGAAAUGGAGGCAUGCAAAGAAGCUUCCAGAGCCUGAGGGACCGAGAGACAGGGAGGUCGAGGGAGGAGGGAAGCUGAGAACCAGGAGACCGAGGGCAAGAGGCUGAUGGUUCCACCGCGAGCCGCUCGCGGAGCCCGGGAGAGCAGUGUGCUCGUCCCGCGGACUGGGGACAUGCGGGAAGCGGAGACAGAAAUAGGCUGAGGCGAGGACAGUUUAAGUGGAGGAACGAGGACUGAGUGACGGGCAGAGUCGGACGCACCUGGAAGGGUGGAGACAGCGCCAUAGGGAGAACCUGGCAGAGCUGCCACGAGAGGGAUCGAGAGACGGGAGGAGCCGGCCAAGGGAGACUUGGAGAGGAAAGCGGAGAUGAGAAGGAGCGAGAUGGAUGGGGAAGCGGGGGUCAAGGCAGGAAGAAUGGAGGAAUCCUCAGUAUGGAGAGAGAUAAAGAGACAGUGCAGCCGGAGAGAUGGAGGGAGAGCGGAUAGACAGUGUCGAACUUAAACACGGAGGGAUAAAGCCAGGCGAUGGAGAAUCAGGGGAAAAUGGAGAAAGAGGAGCAAAACCUGAAUCCCUGGGCUUGACUUCCUCACCUGCCACUUACUACCUGCUUGACCUCUCUGUGGCUCAGUGAAAUAGCUGUAACAGCAUCUUCUUAGGGUUGUGAGAAAAGUGUACGUGUGUAUGUGCGCAUGUGCAUAUAUAUGAGUGAUUUGGUAUAGUACCUGAUACACCAGUGAGCGUUAGCUAUUGUGAAAGCCUCCGCCAAUUGGGAGACGGAAUAUCCGAUGGAGAAGUGGAGAGAGAUGGAGAGAUCGUCAGGAUGGAGGAAGAGACAGUGAUGGAGGAGGAAGAACUGGGGAGAGACAAAAAUGGAGAGUCAGAAAAUGAGAAAGUCAGGUGGAGGAAGAUAGUUGGAGAGAAAAUCAGAUUAAAAAAUAGAAUCAGAGUGGGAGAGAAUCAGACCAAUGAAGUGAGAUGGGCCCAGACUAGGAAAGGGAGGAGAGAGGAGGAGGGUGAGCAAGAUGGACUGGAAAAGACAAGACUGAGACCUGAAGAUGGAGAGCCAGAGAGGAGGAAAUGGGGAAGCAGAGAAAACCUGGAAAAGCCGUCAGGCUAGGAAAGAUAGGCCAGGAGACCAAGAGAUGGUCAGAGAGACAGUCAGAGAGAAACCAGCAGAUCCAGACAAUUGAAGAGGUUGACGAAGAGAACAGACUCCUGGAGAGCCAUGAGGAUGCUCUCAGAUGCGUGCAUGGGCGGCUUGCAGCCCGAGAGGCACGCUCUCCAUUUCAUUGUCCCUGUCCUAUUCUGAGGAUCACUGCCUCAGUAUCACAGCAGCCUUUCAAGGCCUUGUCCUUUUCCUUUCCUCCUAAAACAGGAGUUUCCUCUGAAGCCAGGGUGGCAUCACCCAGCCCAGGUGUUCACCAGGAAGUGACGUGCGCUCCCCACAAGCUGCCGCUUCUGUGGGAAACAGCUCUGGGUUCACAAGCUCUUCCUCAGUUGAAACCCUUACCCAGCUCUAAUAACCCUCAGGGUCGGCCUGAGUUCCCGCUGAGACUCAGAGAUCCAGUCUCUGAGCUCUGUUCCCUGGUGGCCCUUGAGAGGCUGAAGGCAGAGUGGGUGAAAACAUUGUGAAGGCGAAUUGUGGCCUCUUGAGUGUGAUUUUCCCCAGGUUACGUGUCCCCCCUUCUCUCGCCAUUUUCCCCGUGUUGGUCAUCACGGGGACGAAGCACUGGACUUGAGAGCCAGUGACUAGUGACCUUGUCUGUGUCUACGUGGUGAUAAACACUGCGGUGUGUUGAGAUAGGUAUGUCCCCAUCUCAUAGAUGUAGAAAUCAGCCUCAAAGAAGUGACUUUGCCGCUGGUCACGCAUCUAGUAAAUGACGAAGCUGAGAUGCAAACCCAGAUCUGCUUGCCUCCACAGCCUUUACCACGGAGGCUCUGAUCAUUUAAGAAUCUGAGUGACCGACAUCCCUCCGGAAAACUGCACGGACGAGGAUGUGCUCUGUCUUAGUUAGGACUGAGGCAGCUGAAAGUCAGAACCCCAACUGGAAGCCGAGAUUUUCUUGCGUAGCCGGGAAGUGGAGGGUUGGAGGGAACGUAGCCCCAAGCACUGAGUGAGGUUGCCAGGCUUCCCCCCUUCUGUCCUUGUCGUGGCUCGGUGCCAUCCUUGUGCAUGCUCCUCCUCGCUGUGCCCACAUGUGGGCUCUUUUCUAGGGAAGGCUCAUCUUCAGGGGCUACUACAAAUGGCCCUGGGUUUAUGUCAUCUUUGCGUAGCCACAGUAGGUAAAAUGACAGCUCUCUCCUAGUAACUGAGUGUAAAUUCCAGAGAAAGGCCCCGAUUGGCCCUCCUCGGGUCCUGUGUCCGCUCCUCAGACCCAUCACUGGUUGAAGGGGGUGAAGGGUACCAUGAGUGGCCAGCCCUUGGUCACCUGCCCAACUGGUCGGGGGUCUCUGACUUAUGGCUCUCAGGACCGUGUGGAAUCCAGGAAGGGCUGCCCUCCCAAGGAAGGGCCUGCAAACCCAGGAUGAACGCGUGUCCAUCCCAAGAUCGCUGCAGGAGUUGUGAGGUGCCCUGUGUGUCACCAGUGUGACCCAGGCCCCGGGCCGUUUACUCUGUCAUUGCCUGCAGGUGUCCUGUGGCAUUGGUGAGGAGGCACACUGGCUCUGUGAGGAGGAAGUGGUUCCUUACUGCACGCUCUGACCUCUCCCUGCGGGAGGUGGGGAAUAGAGGAGAAGAUUCGGUCCAGGUGAUCAGCCCCGAGGCCGGUUUUGCGACAGCAUCGUGACCAGCCAGAUCAUGCCUCCUCCCAGGACAAGGGAGGGCAGGGAUCACCGAGACCGACCCCAGGCGCCCAGGGAGAAGGAGGCCCCGGAGAAAUGGGACUGGAACUGUCCAGAGACACGUCGUCUCUUCGAAGAUGCCUUCUUCCGUGACGAGGAUUAUAUCCGCCAGGGUUCCGAGGAGUGCCAGAAGUUCUGGACCUUCUUUGAACGCUUGCAGAAAUUCCAGCAUCUCAAGACGGCCCGGAAGGAGGAGAAGGAUGCUGGGCCCCCGGAGCGCAGCAUCCCGGCGCUGGCCGACCUGCCUCGCGCUUACGACCCGCGUUACCGCAUCAACCUCUCCGUCCUCGGCCCCGACCCUCGGGGCUCUUGGGGGCCGGGCGGCCGCCUGCCCCGGGACAGAGUGUCCGAGUUCCGCCGAGCCCUCUUGCACUAUCUGGACUUCGGCCAGAAGCAGGCGUUCGGACGGCUGGCCAAACUGCAGCGGGAGCGCGCGGCGCUUCCCAUCGCCCAGUACGCAAGCCGCAUCCUGCAGACGCUGGAGCGGCACCAGGUGGUGGUGGUGGCGGGCGACACGGGCUGUGGCAAGUCCACUCAGGUGCCGCAGUACCUGCUGGCCGCCGGCUUCAGUCACGUGGCCUGCACCCAGCCCCGGAGGAUCGCCUGCAUCUCACUGGCCAAGCGCGUGGGCUUUGAGAGCCUCAGUCAGUACGGCUCCCAGGUCGGCUACCAGAUCCGCUUUGAGAGCACGCGUUCGCCGGCCACCAAGAUCGUGUUCCUGACGGUGGGGCUGCUCCUGAGGCAGCUGCAGCGGGAGCCGCGCCUGCCGCAGUACCAGGUCCUCAUCGUGGACGAGGUCCACGAGCGGCACCUCCACAACGACUUCCUCCUGGGCGUCCUGCGGCGCCUGCUGCCCCAGCGGCCUGACCUCAAGGUCGUCCUCAUGUCGGCCACCAUCAACAUCUCGCUCUUCUCCAGCUACUUCGGUGACGCGCCGGUGGUGCAGGUGCCCGGAAGGCUCUUCCCCAUCACGGUCGUGUACCAGCCGCAGGAGGCGGAGCCGACGACGUCCAAGUCAGAGAAGCUGGACCCGCGGCCUUUCCUGAGGGUGCUGGAGGCCAUUGACAGCAAGUACCCCCCCGAGGAGCGGGGCGACCUCCUGGUCUUCCUCAGCGGCAUGGCGGAGAUCAGCGCUGUGCUCGAGGCCGCCCAGCCCUACGCCAGCCACACUCAGCGCUGGGUGGUGCUGCCGCUGCACAGCGCCCUCUCUGUGGCCGACCAGGACAAGGUUUUCGAUGUAGCGCCCCCUGGAGUCCGGAAAUGCAUCCUCUCCACCAACAUCGCCGAGACCUCGGUCACCAUUGAUGGGAUCCGCUUCGUAGUAGAUUCUGGGAAAGUGAAGGAGAUGAGCUGCGACCCCCAGGCCAAGCUGCAGCGGUUGCAGGAGUUCUGGAUCAGCCAGGCCAGCGCCGAGCAGCGCAAGGGCCGGGCGGGCCGCACGGGCCCCGGGGUCUGCUUCCGCCUCUACGCCGAGUCGGACUACGACGCCUUCGCCCCCUACCCGGUCCCAGAGAUCCGCAGGGUCGCCCUCGAUGCGCUGGUGCUGCAGAUGAAGAGCAUGAGCGUCGGGGACCCCCGAACCUUCCCCUUCAUUGAACCCCCGCCGCCAGCCAGCCUGGAAACGGCCAUCCUCUACCUCCGCGACCAGGGGGCCCUGGACAGCUCGGAGGCCCUCACCCCCAUCGGGUCGCUGCUGGCCCAGCUCCCUGUGGACGUCGUGAUUGGGAAGAUGCUGAUCCUGGGCUCCACGUUCCGCCUGGCGGAGCCUGUGCUCACCAUCGCCGCUGCCCUCAGCGUCCAGUCGCCCUUCACCCGCAGCGCCCAGGGCAACCCAGAGUGUGCGGCAGCCCGGCGGCCCCUGGAGAGCGACCAGGGCGACCCCUUCACGCUCUUCAACAUCUUUAAUGCCUGGGUGCAGGUGAAGUGCGAGCGGAGCAGUAACUCUCGCAAGUGGUGCCGCCGCCGGGGCAUCGAGGAGCACCGGCUGUACGAGAUGGCCAACCUGCGGCGCCAGUUCAAGGAACUGCUGGAGGACCACGGGCUGCUGGCUGGGGCGCAGGCCCUGGAGCCGGGGGACAGUUACAGCCGGCUGCGGCAGCGCCGGGAGCGCCAGGCCCUGUUCCAGCUGAAGCGCCAGCACGAGGAGGGCGGGGCACGCAGGCGCAAGGUGCUGCGGCUCGGGGACCAGGACGGCGGCUCCAGCGACGAGGACCCGGCCCGCCCAGCCUCCCAGGGGGCCGGUGGUAGCGUGGACAUCCAGGAUGUGAAGUUCAAGCUGCGGCACAACCUGGAGCAGCUGCGGGUGGCCGCCAGUGCGGCGCAGGCGCUGAGCCGAGAGCAGCUGGCCUUGCUGAAGCUUGUGCUGGCCCGCGGCCUCUACCCGCAGCUCGCCGCGCCCGACCCAUUCAACAGCGGCCGCAAGGACUCCGACCAGAUUUUCCACACGCAGGCCAAGCAGGGCGCCGUGCUGCACCCCACCUGCGUCUUCGCCAGCAGCCCCGAGGUGCUGCACACUAGGGAGCCAGAGGCAAGGGGUGGCGAAGGGAGCCGAGACGACAAGGACAAGAUGAGCAGCAGGCACCAGCUCCUCGCCUUCGUGUCCUUGCUGGAGACCACCAAGCCGUACCUGGUGAACUGCGUGCGCGUCCCCGCCCUGCAGUCCCUCCUGCUGUUCAGCCGUUCCCUGGACACCAACGGUGACUGCUCCCGCCUGGUGGCCGACGGCUGGCUGGAGCUCCAGCUGGCCGACAGCGAGAGUGCCGUCGGGCUCCUGGCGGCCUCCCUGCGGCUCCGCGCCCGCUGGGAGCAGGUCCUGGCCCGGCAGCUGGCCCGGCAGGCCCGGCGGCGGCCGGAGGAGGAGGAGGAAGAUGAGGACGAGGAGGAGGCGGCGGUCCACCGCAGGGAGGAGGCGGCCCUGAGCAGGGAGCUGCUGCGGUUCGCAGUGUCCCAGGUUCCCUACAGCCUCCGGCGGCUCAUGGGGCUGGAAAUCCAGAACCUCUAUGUGGGACCUCAGACCAUCACGGCUGCCCCCAGUCUCCCUGGUCUCUUUGGCAGCUCUACCCUGUCCCCCCACCCCACCAAAGGGGGCUACGCGGUCAGUGACUUCCUCACCUACAACUGCCUCACGAGUGACACGGACCUGUACAGCGACUGCCUCCGCACCUUCUGGACCUGCCCCCAUUGCGGCCUGCACGCCCCCCUGACGCCCUUGGAGCACGUGGCCCACGAGAACAGCUGCCCCCAGGCCCCGCAGGACGGCGCCCCGGGGGCCGAGGAGGCCGCCCCCGAGCCCCCCCAGAAGGCGUCUGCCCUGCAGAGGCCCUACCACUGUGAGGCCUGCCAGCAGGACUUUCUGUUCACGCCCACGGAGGUGCUGCGGCACCGGAGGCAGCAUAUGUGAGCCAGCCGGGCCGGGACGAGGACUCGCGCCCGAACCCCCGGCCUGGGCUCAGCCCCGCAGGAAGUGGGGGGAACAUGUGAAUAAAGCCUUAUUGCUGACGCGGACCCUCAAGCCUGCCCUUCCAGACAGCGGCAGCUACCCGUGGCGGUCCUCCGCGUGGUCUGCCUCUCGCCCCUCCUGCUGCAGUCUGCCAUCGAGGUGGCCUGGCCCCGUGUGGGAGUCGAGGGCGAGCAGGGCCUCCAGGGUCCGGGUGCAGGGCCUGGGCUCCCUGCCGCUGCUGCCUCCCGAGUGUGCUCGUGGCCUCUGCUUUCCCUCGAACUCGGCAGCCUCGGUGUUGGCCCGGCCACAGGGUCCCUUCCAGACUGGGCAGGGGGACUGUGUGUGUCCCUGUUCACCUGGGCCCAUGGCUGCACCACAGGCCCGCUCACAGCGUGGUCUCCAGGCCGCUCCUGCUCAGGGUCCAGGGGCCAUUCUCAGCCAUCCCUGCGUCCUCCCUGGCUGGCCACGCCUGCCCUACAGACACGGAAGGGACGGGGGACACUGAACGACCGGAUGCCGUAAACCACACAACUCGGCUGAAAUGGGAAAUGUCUUGAAAGACAAACUACCAAAGCUCACCCGAGAAGAAAUAGAUACACUGGACCGCUGUGCGUAUCUGUUAAGGACAUUGUAUUUUUUAUUUACUUUUUAUUAUUUUUUUUGUGAGGAAGACUGGCCCUGAGCUAACAUCUGUGCCCAUCUUCUUCUAUUUUGUAUGUGGGAUGCGACCACAGCAUGGCUGAUGAGCAGUGUGUAGGUCCACGCCCAGGAUCCGAACCUGCGAACCCCAGGCUUUUGAAGCAGAAUAUGGGAACUUAACUAGUACACCACCGAGCUGGCCCCAGGACAUUGAAUUCAUAGUUACAGACACAGAGAACAGGUGGGGGUGGCUCCCUGGUGACCUGGAGCAGACACGGAAGAAUGAGGCACUGUGCUCGACACAGCUCCCUCACGGUGGGGAGGCCGCCUCUGGCCGAGUUCACGAGGGCAGCAUGGCUCUAACGCCAAAACCAAAGACGACUCCGGAAAGGAGGCUGUGGACCGACGUCCUCCGUGAGCGCGGACACAGAGAUCCCUCGUAAAGGUCCGGCGCCUCCCGCUCAGCGAUGUGCAAACAGCAGAGCAGCUCACGGCCAGGCGUCGCUUCUUCCGGGGCGGCCACGUUGGUUUCGCAUUUGAAAAUCAGUCAGUGUGACUGGCCAUGGCGCAGACGAGGGUGCGUGUGACAACCUUCGACAGCUCGAGACCGCGGGGAGACUCUGCACUCUGCGCUUGCAGUGCUUUGCUCUGGCCAGUGAGCCCAGCUCAACUGCCCUUUGCUCCGAGGUUCCGUCUUGACGCGGGACCCUGGGGAAGCCCUUUUUGUGUAUAUAUAUAUUUUUUCCUGAGUGUCAAAGCAACGCGUGGCGGCCUCAGGUGGGAUUGGAGCCUAAACAGAAGCCACUGCAGGUGCUUCAAACAGGAAGGGAUUUAACACGGAAUCGGGUGCUCACGAGACGGCGGGAGGCUGGGGCAGCGGCUCUGGGCCGGGCCCUUGGGAAGGACCCAGGACGACAGCACAGAGCCACGAGCCAGGGCCCUGCUGCCUCUGAACCACGGGGCUCAGCAGCACCCAGCCUGGCCGUGACCCGGGGUCCCAGCUCUGGAGGGACCCCACUCGCCGAAGCCUGUGCUACGUCCGAGUCCAGCUCCAGGGCGUCUGGGCGACAUGGCUGCCACCUCCGGCCUCUGCUGCCGGGACGGUGGGGGAGGCCGCCCGGCCCAGCCGUGUCCCCAGUGAGGGACGGGGAGAAAUGAGAAGACUGCAGCCGAGGGAGGGGACGCCCGCCCACCGCUCCCCGCCCCCCCCUGGGCUCAGGUGUCUCCCCAGGCCUCUGCCCGCGUGUCCGCACCCCUCUUGUAACUCAUCCAGGUUCCGCUGUGUGUCGUUCUCUGUCCUCUCCAUUGAAUGCUUCUCUAGCAUUGAAGGCUAGUUUGGAGUAUUUCUCCAGGUCAUUGUGAAUUCUUCCAAAAUUAGGUUUUCCAGGAGCCGUGAAAGGGCGCAUUGUUCGGCGCGCUGUUCAGCUCCUUGCUAAGCCCUGUUCCCGGCUCGGCCUUUGCAUCGGUUCUCUUCUCUUCUCUUCCAGUAACACAAUAGGCGCUAUCUUUGCAUACAUCUUCUUGCAGGAAUGUUGUCCAUUUCUUGGGUUCCUGUUUUUAAAAAGUUUUCUCCGUUAUAGAAAACUUGGAAAAGCUGGAGAAAAUAGUAAGGAAAAGGAGUGCCCUGGAGUCCCCCCGAGUGGCUCUGGGCGGGGGGCGCGGGCUGAGCGUGUUGUGGACCGGGAGACCCAGUGGCUUUACCCAGAGCAGCACAUC